UUACGGCCACGGAGCUUGAAGAGGAGGAGAGUCAGUUGCCAGCAUGGCGUUCACCCUGUAUACUCUUAUCCAGACCGCUAUUUUAUGCACUAAUGCCAUCGCUGUGCUGCAUGAGGAGAGAUUUCUCAGCAAGAUCGGUUGGGGUGUAGAACAAGGAGUUGGAGGUUUUGGAGAUGAUCCAGGAGUCAAAGCUCAGCUCCUUCAUCUCAUCCGCUCUGUUCGGACCGUCAUGAGAGUGCCUUUAAUAUUAGUGAACUCUGCAUGCAUCGUCCUGUUGUUGCUGUUCGGUUGACCGCUGACCAUGGAUGCUUCAAGCCAGAGGAUUCAACGCUUGCCAAAGAACAAAGAAAACACACAAACCUUCACGCACUAAGCAGUUUGUCAUUUAGAGACUUCAUGAAAAAGUUCUUUUUUUUUUCUUCAUUCUUUUCAUAAAGUGAAACUCAUAAAUUCAUUACACAUAUAUUUCAAGCGUUUAUUUCUUUCUCUUCUUCCUUUGAUGAUUAUGGCUUACAUAUAAUGAAAAAAUAAUAAUUC